AUGUCUGUGACGACCAGGGCGAUUUGCCAUCGUCGUCAACAGGUGCUGGAGCACGGCUACCUCGUCAUGGACUAUAUUGACGAGCCAGAGGUGCAGAUGCUGUCAGAAACAUGGCACGAGUUGCCACAUCAUCCAGACAGAACAGCCAACUUCUACCGGGACUUAUCUCGCAUUAUGCUUUCCUUGAGCCAGCGUCCAUUGCCCCGGAUAGGCUCUUGGACGAUAGACUCAAACGGAGUAUUGCAACUUUCCAAUCGGCCUCUCACUCUUCGCCUUCAUCAGUUGGAAAAUGCUGGUAUCCCGACUAACAUCGGUCGGGAUUUGACUUAUCCAUCAACCGAUUCAUACUACCUCGAUAUUUUGUCCUGUCACGACAGCCGUAUACGGCACCAGCCAAACUCCAUCCAUGAUGAGGAAGACGGACGCGCCCAGUUGGCGAACCUAAGCAUCAUGCGGGCGCUUCUUCCUCAUUUCACCGACCGAGAGCUCCGCCAAGAACCUUUCUUCUACAGACUCACAGACCUGCAUCCAAGCAACAUCUUUGUCGACAAGCAAUGGCAUAUCAAAUACCUGGUCGACCUUGAGUGGGCAUGCUCACUCCCAGCUGAGACCUUGCGCCCUCCGUAUUGGUUGACCGGUCAUACUGCAGACGACAUUCUUGGCGAACACCUUGUCACAUUCAGCAAAGCACACGACAAAUUCAUGGAGAUUUUCGAGGAGGAAGAGAAGCGAUAUCCGCCUCUAUUCAAUGUCUGCGCGUACCGGACAAAUAUCAUGAGAAAAGGCUGGCAAGUCGGAAAUUUUUGGUUCUUCCAAGCCUUGGAUAGUCCCAAGGGCCUAUUCAACAUUUUCCGUGACCAUAUCCAGCCAAAGUUCGCACCAUCUCAGAGCGCCGAUCCAUCAGACUUCUCGAGAAUAGUAUCCGAGUACUGGGCUGUGGAUACCAAGGAUGUCAUAGAGGGAAAGUUGAAAGACAAGGAGGUUUACGAAAAUGAGCUACGUCUGCGUUUCCGGAAUGGUGCUGAUGGCACAUGA